CACAAAUUUGGUACCUAUAUUUAUUUAGCAUGUAGUUCCACAAUGUUUGCCACACACCCCAAAAAACAAAUCAGGCCCUACACUAUAGCAGAGUGUAAUACACACCAAUACAGAGAUUCCAGGAAAACAUAAACAAAGUAAAAAAAAAGAUUCCAAAAUUUUCUCUCCUUAUCGAAAGCAAGAGACUUCUAGGGAUCUGGUGAAAACCAUGGAAGAAGGCGAAUUUUUCAGUUGCUUCAGCGAAAUUAAUACUGGCAUGACUAUGAACAAGAAGAAGAUGAGGAAGGGCAAGAAUCAUAAGAGGUUUAGUGAAGAACAGAUCAAGUCACUUGAGGUUAUAUUUGAAUCCGAGACGAGGCUCGAGCCGAGGAAGAAGGUGCAGUUAGCUCGAGAGCUAGGGCUGCAACCAAGACAAGUGGCUAUAUGGUUUCAGAACAAGAGGGCUCGCUGGAAGUCUAAGCAGCUUGAGAAAGAGUAUAAUCUUCUUAGAGCCAAUUACAAUAACUUGGCUUCACAACUCGAAAUCAUGAAGAAAGAAAAGCAAGCAUUAGUAUCUGAGUUGCAGAGACUAAAUGAAGAGAUGCAAAAGACAAAAGAAGAAAGGAAUGAUGAUUGUUGUGGUGAACAAAGAGUGGCUCUAAGCAGCAGCACAUGGUCAGAUAAUGGAAAGUAUGAGCCAGAAGUGAAGCUAAAUCAAGGGAUUGUUCUGUGUGAUGACGACAUUAAGACAGAGCAUUUUGGAUUUGAGGAAGGGUCCAAUCACGAGCUCAUGAACAUGUUGGAGCAAGCUGGUGAUAGUGGCUUGACCUCAUCUGAUAACUGGGGAAGUUUCAGUUCUGAUUCUCUCUUAGAUCAAUCUAGCAGCAAUUACCCUUGGUGGGAUUUUUGGUCAUAAAUAAAAUAGUGAAGAGAAAGAUUGUAAAUAUUACACAAAAAAAAAAAAUAUUGUGAAUAGUUUUGUAAAUUGUGUUAAGAAAAACAAUAAAUGUUCUUUUUGCAUUCUGAUAUUAUACGGUAUUUUAUGCUUGAUUUUACAAAAUUGGAAUAAACUGAGUGUUUU